UACAACCGUUCUAACUUUGUGUGUGUGUGUGUGUGUGUGUGUGUGUGUGUGUGUGUGUGUGUGUGUGUGUGUGUGUGUGUGUGUGUGUGUGUGUGUGUGUGUGUGUGUGUGUGUGUGUGUGUGUGUGUGUGUGUGUGUGUGUGUUUUCCAGGCCCUUUCCAUCGGAGGACACGGCUCUGAAUGAAGAUGAUGUGUACCGAAGUCUUGAGGAGCUGGCAGACGAGCACGACCUGGGUGAGGAUGACAUCUACGACUGCGUGCCGUGCGAGGACGAUGGAGACGACAUCUACGAGGACAUCAUCAAGGUGGAGGUCCGCCAGCCCAUGAAGAUGGGCAUGAGUGAGGACGACAAGAGGAACUGCUGUCUAGUGGAGAUCCAGGAGACCGAGGCCAAGUACUACAAGACCUUGGAGGACAUCGAGAAGAACUACAUGAUACCCCUGAAGCAGGUGUUCACUGUCCACGAGAUGGAGGCCAUCUUCGUCAACUUGGAGGAUGUGAUCAAGGUGCACUUUGCCCUGCUGAGGGCCAUCGACCUCAACAUGGUGGGAGGAGGGAACGGCCUCGGGAACAUCUUCCUGGACUUCAAGGAGAGGUUGUUGAUCUACGGUCAGUACUGCAGCCAUAUGGAGACGGCUCAGAAGACACUGGACGACCUCAUCGCCACGCGGGAGGAGGUCAAAGUUAAAGUUGAGGAGUGCACAAUGAAGGUGCAGGAAGGGAAGUUCAAGCUGCAGGAUCUUCUGGUGGUUCCAAUGCAGAGGGUCCUGAAAUACCAUCUACUGCUGAAGGAACUCCUGAGUCACUCUGCAGAGAGACCGGAGAGACAGCAGCUGAAAGAAGCCCUGGAGGCCAUGCAGGACCUGGCGAUGUACAUCAACGAGGUGAAGCGAGACAACGAGACACUGAAGAAAAUUAGUGAAUUCCAAAGUUCCAUCGAAAACCUUCAGCAGGUCAAACUGGAGGAGUACGGCAGGCCAAAGAUCGACGGAGAACUCAAAGUGUCCUCUAUCAUCAACAGAACUAAACAGGACCGGUACAUCUUCUUGUUUGACAAGGUGGUGAUCGUGUGCAAGAGAAAGGGCUACAGCUAUGAGCUCAAGGAGAUCAUUGAGCUUCAGUCCUACAAAAUGUCAGACGACCUCAUGAACAACAGGGAUAUGAAGAAGUCGAGUGGAAAAAUGUGGUCGUACGGCUUCUACCUGAUCCACCUGCAAGGCAAGCAGGGCUUCCAGUUCUUCUGCAAGACGGAGGAGACCAAGAGGAAGUGGAUGGAGCAGUUUGAAAUGGCCAUGUCCAACAUCAAGCCUGAGAGAGCCACAGCCAAUCAUCACAACUUCCAGAUGCACACCUUUGAUAGGAACACCAACUGCCGUGCCUGCAAGAUGUUGUUAAGGGGCAUCUUCUACCAGGGCUAUUUCUGUGCACAUUGUGGCACAGGUGCACACAAGGAGUGCCUGGAAGUUAUCACCAUCUGUAAAAUCAAUCCCCAUGAUCUGGAAGCUGGGAUGUCGUUGGGUCCUAAGAUGGUGGUGGUGCGGAACUACCACGGCACGCCCGCGCCCCCGGGGAAGCCCCCGCUGGCCCUCCAGACCGGGGACUUCAUCGAGCUGCUGAAGGGGGAGCCUGAGACCUCCUGGUGGGAGGGUAAAAUCCUCCAGACACACAAGAGCGGCUUUUUCCCCAGUACCUGCGUCAAGCCCUGUUUGGACCCCAAGCCAUUCCAGUCGUGUCCUAGUCGACAGUCGUCAAGGGAGACGGACUACUAUGGUUACCCUUGGUUUGCUGGGAACAUGGAGCGGCAGCAGGCAGACAACCUGCUGAAGUCCCACAUCAGCGGGACCUACCUGAUCAGGGAGCGCACUGCCGAGGCGGAACGCUUUGCCAUUAGCAUCAAGUUCAACGAUGAAGUGAAGCACAUCAAGGUCAUUGAGAAGGACAGCUGGAUUCACAUCACAGAGGCCAAGAAAUUUGAAAGUCUUCUGGAGUUAGUGGAGUACUACCAGGCCCACUCCCUGAAGGAGAGCUUCAAGCUGCUGGACACGACGUUACGCUAUCCCUACAAGUCCAAAGAGCGUUCCCUGACCCGGACCAGCACCCGCUCUCCAGCAGCCUCAUGCGCCUCCUACAACUUCUCCUUCCUCAGCCCGCAAGGUCUCAACUUCUCCUCUUCUCAGAGCUCAGCUCCCUUUUGGUCAGUGUUCACGCCGCGGGUGGUGAACACGGCGGUGGCCAGGUAUAACUUUGCGGCGCGGGACAUGAGGGAGCUGUCGCCGGGAGGGGACAUCGUCAAGAUCUACAGCAAGAUCGGCGGAGACCAGGGCUGGUGGAAGGGAGAGGCCAACGGCAGAAUCGGAUGGUUCCCCUCCACCUAUGUGGAUGAAGAGGCUGUGCAGUAGGACCCAAAUGCUGUCAACUCCCCCCCCCCCCCCCUUCCCUCCGUUGGACCCCCACCUCGUUAGACAGGCCAAGGAGGUCCGCCCAGGAAACUCAACUCAAUGGAUAAAAAAAGAGAAAAGGCAA